AUUAUUAUUAUUAUUAUUACUAUUAUUUUCAUUAUUAUUUUAAUUAUUAUUAUUACUAUUAUUUUUUUUUGUUAUAAUUAAAUAAAAAAAAAUGAAUUGUCUUCAAGUAACAAACGUCGAAAUUGUUGAUGAUUUUAUGAAUGAUGAGGACAUUAUUAAAAAAAUCACAAAAACACAAACGGAUGAAGAUUCAUUUUUUGUUCUUGAUGUCGGUGAUUUAAUAAGAAAACAUAAAAUUUGGUUGAAAGAAUUCCCAAGAAUAACACCACAUUUUGCCGUAAAGAGCAAUUCAAAUUCAAUGGUCAUUAAAACGUUAGCCGCACUCAAUGGAAAUUUUGAUUGCGCUUCACUGCAAGAGAUAAUGCAAGUUAUGGAAUGUGGUGUGACUGGAGACAGAAUUAUUUUCGCUCAUCCAGUAAAAUUCCCAUCGCACGUGAAAUACGCUAAAAAAGUUGGCAUUCAACGAAUGACAGUUGACAAUCCGAAUGAAGUACAUAAAAUUAAAACUCUAUUUCCAGAAGCAAAAAUAGUGAUUCGAAUACGUUGCGAUGCAAAAAAGGCGGAAAUAAAUUUGGGCAACAAAUUUGGCUGUGAUCCCGAUCGUGAGGCAAAGGAAUUAAUUAAUUUAAUUAAAAAAUUGGGACUACAUCUUCAUGGUUUUAGUUUUCACGUUGGAAGUCUUUGCAGAGAAGCAGAAGCCUUUAGUCGGGGAAUUAAAGUCUGCAAUAAUUUAAUCGAUUAUGCAAAAUUAAUUGGAUGUAAAGAAGUGUGUCUUAUUGACAUUGGCGGGGGAUUCCCUGGAGAAAAUGACGCAAAUAUCCGAGAAUUUACAGAAGUGAUAAAUGAAGCACUAAAGGAUGUUGAUUCGUCAAUAAAAAUUAUCAGUGAACCUGGAAGAUAUUAUGUUACUUCUGCAUUUAAAUUGGUGGCCCAAGUUCAAGGGAAAAAAAGAUUUAUUCAUGAGAAUGAGGAAAGAUUUGUUUAUUAUAUCAAUGAAGGUGUAUUUGGAUCGUUUAAAGACGAAAUGAUGGGAUUAGAAGCAAGAGUGCCAACUUCCCUAAGAAAAGUAGACAACAACGAAUUAUUUGUCAGUACAAUGUGGGGACAAACUGCCGACGAAUUGGAUUGCAUUUUAAAAAAUGUCCGACUUCAAAAAUUCGAAAUUGGCGAUUGGUUAAUUUGGAAAAAUAUGGGAGCCUACACGAUAAGUUUAGCUGCAUCAUCGCAUGGUUUCACUUUAUCGAGGGUCUAUCCCAUCAUACGAAGAACUGAAUGGGAAAUUGUGUGCGCUGAGGAAAGAUUAACUAACGGUAAUGUAAACGAGAAACAGAAAAUUUACCGACUCUUUGAGAAAGAUGAUAAACGAUAUUAAAAAUUUCCGGAAAAUAAGAUCAAAAAUUUAAUAGUCCAUGACAUUUAAUGUUAAAAAUUAACGAGUUGAAAGAAUAAAAGUGAAAAGGAAUAAAAAUGUUUCGAGAAAAAAAACUUUUAUAUAUUUAACAGUAAGAUAAAAGGAGAGUCCAAAAAAAAAAGAAUAAACAAUUUUCUCCAAUGCAGAGGAUACGAUAUUCUUUUAUAUCAGCGAUAAGAAGUGGAAAUUCAUUAAUCAUUUCUCAACAAAAGAAAAAUCUUAAAUAAUAAACAUGAUAUCACAAUAAGAAUAUUUCCAUUGAUUCAAGUAUGAUUUGUAUUAUUGUAAAUAAAUGAGGUGAAAUCUUGUUACAAAAUGCACUACUUAAUAUAAUUAAAUAUACAUUGAGAAAACAUA